AUUGAGGAAAAAAUUGGUUGUCAAUUGAUUUUAUAGUUCAUAACACUGUAGUUAUCUGAGACGUUUUCUACGGAAAUCCGAGUUUUAUUACGAUUUGCAAAGAUUUCGGAAAUUUUUACAGUGCGUAGAUAUUAUAUUUUCCAUAUCGAACCCACUCAGCGGAACGCGUAACAAUCCAACUACAGAUUUGACACUGAUAGUUGUAAACCCAUCAGGAUGCCAGAAACAGAAGUCCAAGAUGGCAGCCAGACCCAGCGGCUGACCAAUGCAGAUUUCAGACGAUUACUCAUGACCCCUAGGUCAUCUCAGCCUGCAGCCACCCCAUCGGUCACCAAUGCUUCUGAAACACCGUCUUCUAAAAUACCAUCUUCAUCAAAGUUUGAAUCCGGUGGUUCACACGACAAGGCCGAAUUGCGUCGUAAGAAAAAGAUAUUCUAUGCUAAACUUAAGAAACAGGAAGAAAAUAAAAUGGCGGAACUAGCAGAGAAAUAUCGUGACAGGGCCAAAGAACGUCGAGUUGGUGCUAAUCCUGAUUAUCAGUCUCAAGAUCCUGUAGCUGUUGCUAGUGGCUAUAGAGCUGUUGCACCUGAUAUGAAAUCUGGUAUGGAUGCUGCUGAACGAAGACGUCAAAUGAUUCAGGAAUCAAAGUUCUUGGGAGGAGAUAUGGAACAUACUCACUUGGUAAAAGGUUUGGAUUAUGCUUUGUUACAAAAAGUUAAAAGUGAAAUUACUGCAAAAGAAACUGAACAAGAAACAGAGAUGGAACAGUUGGCAACUAAUAAGCCAGCCAAAGAAAAGCCAAAAGAGGAGGAUGAGAUGCAGUUUAAAACACGAUUAGGAAGAAAUGUUUAUAGAGUGGCACUGGCUGAAAAUGAGAUGGUUCAAAAUCCAUUAUUUGCUCCUGGACGUAUGGCUUAUAUAAUUGAUCUCACUGAAGAUAUAACAGAUACUGAUAUUCCAACUACAUUAAUUCGUAGUAAAUCUGAUGUGCCUAGCAUGGACGAUAGACCGACAUUAACCACAAAUGAUAUUGUUAUAAAUAAAUUGGCACAAAUACUAUCUUAUUUACGAACUGGACCAAAACAUUUAAAAAAAUCAAAAAGGCGUGACAAACAAGUUUUUGAUGAUAACAUUUACCCUGAAUUACCAGAUUAUGAACCGUCUACUCAUAAACGUAGUGAAGAGACUACUAAAAAACAAUCAAAUUAUUUUAAAAAUUCAAAAGAUGAGGAGCAAGAAGUUGAAAAAGAACAUCAUAAAAGAGAUGAAAUGGGAUGGGAGGCUUUGAGCAAAACUAAAUUUCAGCGUAAAAACCAAAUGGGUUUAUUAUCGCGAUUGGCAGCUGAACCAACUGGUUAUGCUGAAUGUUAUCCUGGUUUGGAUGAAAUGCAUGAUGCAAUUGAGGACUCUGAUGAUGAAGCAGAUUAUACAAAAAUGGAUUUGGGUAAUAAGAAAGGGCCAGUUGGUCGUUGGGAUUUCGACACACCCGAAGAGUAUGGUACGUAUAUGAGCAAUAAAGAAGCAUUACCAAAAGCAGCUUUCCAAUAUGGAGUUAAAAUGACUGAUGGUCGACGGACACGCAAACAUAACAAAGAAAAAAAUGAAAAAGCCGAACUUGAUCGUGAAUGGAAUAAAAUUCAAAAUAUUAUACAAAAACGUAAAGCACCAUCUGGUAAGGAUGAAGGAUCAUCGUUUAAGGUUCCAAAAUAUUAAUAAUUUUUAAUUAUUCACUUAUACUUGUAAUUAUAAUUUUAGUAUUAGAAAAUCACAGUUU